UUGUGUCCGCGCUGCUGAUUGGCCGCUGCCGCCCAGCCGGGCUGGGAUUGGCGGCGGGAGCGCGCGGGCCGCGGGUGCGCGCGCAGGUCGGUCCCCUCCGGGCACGCACUGUCCCUUAUAGGCGCGCGAGCCCCCACAGCCGCGGACAUGUCGGUGUCCCCCGUGAAGCGGCAGAAGAUGGAGUCGGCGCUGGACCAGCUCAAGCACCACACCACGGUGGUGGCCGACACCGGGGACUUCAACGCCAUAGAUGAGUACAAGCCCCUGGAUGCCACCACAAACCCCUCCCUGAUCCUUGCUGCUGCUCAGAUGCCGGCAUACCAGAAGCUUGUGGAUGAUGCUGUUGCCUACGGGAAGAAGCUUGGUGGGUCUGAAGAGGAGCAGAUCAAAAAUGCAUCUGACAAACUUUUUGUAUUAUUUGGAGCUGAAAUCCUGAAGAGGAUACCUGGCCGUGUGUCCACAGAAGUAGAUGCUAGGUUGUCUUUUGAUAAGGAAGGAAUGAUUCAAAGGGCCAGGCGCCUCAUCGACCUCUACAAGGAAGUAGGAGUUGGUAAAGAUCGGAUUCUCAUCAAGCUCUCUUCAACGUGGGAAGGAAUCCAGGCUGGCAGGGUUCUGGAGGCCGAGUAUGGGAUUCACUGCAACAUGACCUUGCUGUUCUCCUUUGCCCAGGCUGUUGCCUGUGCUGAAGCUGGAGUUACUCUGAUUUCCCCGUUCGUGGGACGGAUCCUGGACUGGUAUGUUGCAAAUGGAGACAAGAAAACCUAUGAGCCUUCAGAGGAUCCAGGAGUGAAGAGUGUCACCAAGAUCUAUAACUACUACAAAAAGUUUGGCUACAAAACCAUCGUGAUGGGCGCCUCAUUUCGCAACACAGGCCAGAUCAAAGCGCUCACGGGCUGUGACUAUCUCACCAUUUCACCCAAGCUCCUGGCAGAGCUCAGCAAAGAGCACGUCAAGUUAACUCCCACACUCAGUGUCAAAGAGGCUCAGGCGUGUGAUCUUGAGAAAAUCCACCUGGAUGAGAAGGCAUUCCGCUGGCACCACAACGAAGACCAAAUGGCUGUGGAAAAGCUCUCUGAUGGGAUCAGGAGAUUUGCUGCAGAUGCAGUUAAGCUGGAGAGGAUGUUAAAGGAACGAAUGUUCAGCACUGAAAAUGGAAAAUAAAAAACGAAAAAAUAAUAAUCAGCAUUUCCCUGAGUGCUUCAAGCUGAGGUGGAUCACCUGAGGUUCAGUGGAUGUACAAAUGUCUUACCUGUACAAGUAUCAUGCUGUGUAUGAAUAGAUUUCUGUAUCAUGAUUUUUUUUUUUUUUAUCAAUUUGCAAAGGGACAAAUGGAAUUUCAAAUUUUGUGGCACUUUUGUCAAUACAUGCAAAUUAAAACCGACUUGCCUUG